AUGAUCAUUCUACUUUCACUUUGGCGAUGAGUUACCUUCUGGAGACGUUAGAGACAAAGGAAGCAGUAGAUCGGGCUAUCACGGAGACAACAGAUGUAGUUUUAAUUCUGCGGUUCGGGAGAGAUGACGACUCUACCUGUCUACAACAGGAUCAUUUGCUUGCCAAAUGUGCUCCAGAAUUGGGGAAUAUGGCUAAAAUCUUUUCUGUGGAUGUUGACAAAGUCCCAGUUUACACCAAGUAUUUUGACAUAACCUUGAUACCGUCCACCAUAUUCUUCUUCAAUGCUCAGCAUAUGAAGGUCGACUGGGGCACCCCAGAUCACACCAAAUUUAUCGGCAGUUUCCGUAACAAGCAGGAUUUGAUUGAUGUUGUAGAAGUUAUUUAUAGAGGAGCAAUGAAGGGCAAGGUCAUUGUGACUAGCCCACUUGACCCGGCUAAUGUACCAAAAUACGAUCUGAUUUACAAAGACAUUUGAGAAGCUGAAAAAUUCUCUCUGAAGAUAAAAUUUAAUUGCAGAUGGAUUAGAGCAUUAGGGAUCGUGAAGUAAUGCCAGCACCUAGCUUAUAACUAUGGACAGUAUAAAUAUGGCUGGAUUGUGUUAAAAGUAGUGCUGAGAGCAAUACAGUCAUAAAAACGUUGAACUUCUACCAUCCCUGUUUAGAUCUCCAACCAUCCAAUGCAUCAAGUUGUGUAGAAGUGGAAGAUGACGUGAAUUCAUUUGUCAGAAGGACGUGACUUGAAUGUUGACCAUGUACGAUAUAUGUUAUAUCUGUAUUCCAAUACACUGAACAUGCAAAAGUGUAGAAUUAAAAUGUGGAAAUGAA